AGUUCCGCGCGGGCGUGACAGCCAAGAGUGGGAGCACUCAAGGAAGUCGGCUUUCCCCUUAAGACUUUGCAGUCUUAACGUCUUUCUCACUGAGUUUCAGUCACUUUGCCAUUCGUCCUGGAAUGCUUGGUGGCGUGUCUCGACUGUCCGUGGCGCCUGGGCUCCCUCUGGUCACAUAGCAGUUGCUACACCUAUAAGUUUUCCUGAUCCCGUUGGUCUCGUAGGCCGCCGAGUCCAGUGCACUAAGAGCUGCUCGGCUCUAGGAGACAUCAAUACUUUUCCGACCCCGGCACAGGGCGAAAGGUGACCCUCAACCACGUACGGAACCAAAACCACUUCCCUCCAGCGCCACAUUGAGUCCGUUUCCUGCAGAGUAAGUGCCACCAUCGGAUCCUUCCCCGCCCUCCUAGAGGACCAGGUAGCCCCUCAGUUAGCCACCGCGCUCUGCCACCUUCCAGAUCUCCGUCCAAUUCCCCAGGACUCAGCCCAGACAGAGGCCAGCUUCAAGUCCGCCACUAUCCCAGGAUUCCCAACUCCGGGUUUCCGGCCCUUCUCCCCUCCCAGGUCCCGGCGCCUGCCGGAGCCGCAAGAUGGCGGAGGGAGACUACUUCGCGGAAGCCGCGCGGGCUGUGGGGUGUCCCCAUGCACCUGUUCCUGGCUUGAGCCUAGGCCCGCCGCUGGGCUGGAAAGAGCGGCUGAAGGCCGGGCUGGCGAACUCUGGGUCCACACUGUGGUUCCUGGCGGGGCUGGGUCUACUUUACGCUCUGAGGGUCCCGCUGAGGCUGUGUGACAACGUGACAGCGGUGACAGGGUUUUUAAGUUCACUGACACCCAAGUUCUAUGUGGCACUUACAGGGACAUCUUCUUUGAUAUCUGGACUAAUAUUUAUAUUUGAAUGGUGGUACUUCCAUAAGCAUGGCACAUCUUUUAUUGAACAAGUGUCUAUAAGCCAUUUGCGCCCACUGAUGGGAGGAACAGAGAGUAGCAUUUCAGAGCCGGGCUCUCCUGCCAACAGCAGAGAAAGUGAAACCCUCAGACACCACCAUCUAUCAGAAUGCAAGGUCUGGAGAAACCCUUUAAACCUCUUUAGAGGAGCAGAGUAUAGAAGAUACACUUGGGUGACUGGUAAAGAGCCACUUACUUACUAUGACAUGAACUUGUCUGCCCAGGAUCACCAGACCUUUUUCACCUGUGAAACAGACUUUUUACGUCCUUCAGACACAGUUAUGCAGAAGGCAUGGAGGGAGAGAAAUCCUCCAGCUCGCAUCAAAGCAGCCUAUCAAGCUUUACAGUUAAACAAUGACUGUGCCACUGCCUACGUUCUACUGGCGGAAGAAGAAGCAACAACCAUUGUAGAUGCUGAAAGGUUAUUUAAACAGGCACUCAGAGCGGGAGAGAUAAUUUAUAGACGGUCACAGCAAUGCCAACACCAGAGUCCUCAGCAUGAAGCUCAACUGAGGCGAGAUACCAAUGUACUUGUAUAUAUUAAGAGAAGAUUGGCAAUGUGUGCGAGAAAAUUGGGAAGAAUACGAGAAGCAGUGAAAAUAAUGAGAGAUUUGAUGAAAGAAUUUCCUCCUCUUACCAUGUUGAACAUCCAUGAAAAUCUUUUAGAAUCACUUCUAGAAUUGCAGGCCUAUGCAGAUGUUCAGGCAGUCCUGGCAAAAUAUGAUGAUAUAAGCCUUCCAAAGUCAGCAGCCAUCUGCUACACAGCAGCGCUAUUGAAAACAAGGACCGUCUCAGAUAAAUUCUCUCCAGAAACAGCCUUCAGAAAAGGGUUAAGCACAGCAGAAAUUAAUGCUGUGGAAGCAAUUCAUAGAGCUGUGGAAUUUAAUCCUCAUGUUCCAAAACACUGGAAGCGAAUAGAAGGUGCUCUGAAUCUCUUGCAGUGUACAUGGGAAGGCACUUUUAGAAUGAUUCCAUACCCGUUAGAGAAAGGACAUCUGUUUUACCCUUACCCCAGCUGCACAGAGACUGCAGAUAGAGAGCUGUUGCCUACUUUCCAUCAUGUCUCUGUUUAUCCAAAGAAGGAGCUUCCAUUUUUCAUCCACUUCACAGCAGGACUCUGUUCUUCUACAGCAAUGAUAGCGUUUCUCACACACCAGUUUCCUGAAGUCAUGGGUGUCUUUGCUAAAGCUGUGAGUAUGGUCUCAAGGACUUGUGUGGAGUAUUUAUAAACCACGCAGGGAAGCGCCUCCGAUCUGUCAGUGCUAACCCACAGGACAGUGAAAGACACGUGUAAACAGCAAGAACUGAUUGUAAAGCUUCUGCCGUAAAUAUGUCAAACACAACUUCUGCUGAUGUGGACUGACUUCUGUUGCUUACAAGUUUAAGAGUACAAUGCUAUAACAUUAUAAAGUUGGCCUUUGUGAUUAUUCUUGGUGAUUAAUACAACAUUCCUUACCAACUAAAGAAUGAGACAGUUUUUCUUUAUUAUUAGUGUAUUUUCUUUGUUAUUUAAAAACUACUAAUUUUGUAAACAAAACUUUGGUUUUUUCAUUUAAAUGAUGUCAUGAGUUCAAAACAUUUGUUGAUUUUUAACUCAAGCAAAACUAUGGUGGGGAAUAAGUACAUGGAAGGCACAGAUGGGACAUUUCCCUGUGUGUGGCAUGUGCUUCUUAGCUCAAAGGUUCUCCUGGUUUUUGUAUCUUCAUCCUUUUGUUGACCCUUUCUGGUUCUGGCCUUAAGUAUAGACUGUGUGUCAGCCUUUAUUUUAAUUCAAGCCCUUCAAUUUUGAACUGCUUUCCUGUUUCUUGACUGAGGACUGAUUUUCUGUCUGUCUCUCUGUCUAUCUGUCUGUCUGUCUAUU